CACACUGGCACGGAUCAGACGCUUUGUUAGUGAGGGAGAGACGGCUAGCACUGUGAAAUAGAGAGUUCCCCUCUUUUGCGACAUUUUUUAUUUUAUUUGUUCGUAGGAUGGCUGUGUUUCACACGUAGAAUACAUGCUACAUUAACUUCAAAGGCCAAUAGGAAGUUUCGAACUGCUCAUAAGGCAUAAAAAGUUAGGCAGCUACAGUUAUUUCGGCUGACAUCCGUUUUAAAUUGAUCCAAGUUUCGUCGAUUUAGCCUUAAAUGUGGAGCAGACACGUAAUGAAUGAUUUUCGAAAGGAAGCUGAAAUGAAGAGAUGCGAGUUUAGUAGUUUGAGCAGCAGUGUGUGCGCCUGUGUCUGUAUUCACUGACACCGUUUUAAACGCAGCCCGCAUAAUAACCGGCAUCUUAAUGUAAAGCGAUCAUUUCAACUGAUAUUUGGUAACUUGACGUCGUGUAUUGAUUUGUGUACGCUAGGCUAGCCAAAAGAUCUUACAAAUGUGUCUGGAUGCUAACCAUUUUAAUCAGUGACAGACUUAAAGCGAAAUCUUUAGUUUUAAGGUUUAGAGGCGGAUGAACUCUAAAAUGUCCUUCAGCAAAAUGAGCUAAGUGUUUUUAUGCGAAUAACUAGUUCGUUUUAUUCGUCGAGGAGGAAAUAUUUCCCCUUUUUACGUCCACUCCUUUAACGUUAGCUCGAUGGUCAAAUAAGAAAAACUAACUGCCGCCGAUGUUAAGCUAGUAACACUUCGGCCUUUCUUAAAGGAUCUCACAACCCACAAUUAUUUGCUUAGUAAAGUUUAUUUAGCGAACAAACAACCCACUCAGAGCACAUAUUUCGUUCUAAGUUAGAUCGAGAAAUCCUCACACACGGCUGUGGUAUUGCUAGCCGGUGUGCUAGCAUCCGCCUCAGAAAUGUCGAAUAUCUCCAACGAAGCUGUGAUCUUGAUUAAAGAUGUAAAACCCGGAUCCAAAAACCUUAAUAUCGUCUUUAUAGUUUUGGAGAUCGGUCGGGUGACGAAGACAAAGGACGGGCACGAGGUGCGCUCGUGUAGAGUGGCGGAUAAGAGCGGCAGCAUCGCCAUCUCUGUGUGGGAUGAGCUGGGCAGCCUCAUCCAGCCCGGGGACAUCAUCCGCCUUACGAGAGGGUAUGCUUCGAUCUGGAAAGGGUGCCUUACACUGUAUACUGGACGAGGAGGAGAUCUACAGAAAAUAGGAGAAUUCUGUAUGGUGUAUUCUGAGGUUCCAAAUUUCAGUGAGCCUAACCCUGAGCUGCUAGCACAAGCUAACCAACAGAACAAGACGAGUAAAGAACAGCGUGGAAAUUCUCCACCAAAUCAAAAUGCAGGUACUCCUGUGCAGACAGGUAAUGGAACUGUGCCAGUGUUUUCCAAUAACAAUGCUGCACCUGUGCCACGGGAUCCAAACUUUGGGGCUUCAGGAAGACCAAAUGGGCGUGCUCCAGGCAAUGGACCACCCCCAGUAACUGCAGGGGGAACCCCUGCUCCACCCAAACCCACAGUCACCAUUAGCAAUGGCAGGGACCCAAGAAGGGCUUCAAAGAGAUGAGACUUCAAAACCAUUUCCAUGUUCCCACUCCUUUCUAAAAUUCAUCCACAAACCAUCCUUACAGAACACAAAACAAUACUGCCAAAAGAUACGAGGUUUAAUGCUACUGUUUUGCCACAUGUGCUUUUGUUAUUUGCAAAGUAUGAUUAUUUGUUUCACACAAGUAUAGAGUUCAACUUGUCCCAGUUAAGGGUAGGCCUUUUUUGCCAUUUAAGUGCUGAUUCAGUGGCCCACCGCUGCUUCCCUUUUCCUAAAUGUUAAACUAUACACCAUACUUGAACACUCGAUGCACUUUCUUUUUGUUUAUCAUGAAUGCAUUGCCAUGCCAUUCAGGAAUGAUUAACUGCUGUUGGAAACUGGGGAAUGAACUUCAAAGUGACUGAAGACUACAUGGGUUCUUCCCUUUACUCCUUGGCCAAAAAAAUAAUAAUAAUUACCAGAAGUGACCGUGUGAAAGGAGAGGUGAUGGUUUGCUCGAACUAUUAGAAUUAUUUAAUUAGGAAUAAAUCAAGAACAAAAUAUUGGGAUUCCUGC